GCCGUGGAUGAUGGUUCUCAGGCAGUUGUCCGUUGGGCUCUGCGGUCACGCUCUCAAUUCACUAAGAUCACCACUACUCAGCUUCAUAUUCAGGUCAUUUGUCAGCUGGAAGUGACAGCUGCUCUCACACCUCUAAUAGCACCUGAUAUCUUCUUAUAUACGAACAAAUUCUUCUUCACGACACCGCAUUCUUGCAUAUCUCUCUCGCCUCCCGUAACCAAUGUUAAUAAUUUGAGUUUACGAAGUGUUAUUCCUGGUCCUCUGAAAUCACUCUCUAAACCACAUUUUGUGGCUUACAAUGUUCAAACUUCGUUUCAGGUAGAAGGACAGGAUUUUUUUAGCUAAGUUUCUAGAAUCUCGUCCCUUCUGUGUAUGCUGCCGCUCCGGAACGCAUAAAGAUGACCUUAAGUCGAGACCCAACUGCCACUUCUUGUGACCUCACUGGUGUAUUAGUAGAAUUUGGUUCAAGUGUAGAAUAGGCUCUUCUAGACUGGGUUGUAAUAUAUUGUAGCUUGUGGGUUGUUCGAUUAAAUGGGACAGUAAUUAUUAGGAAGGGUAAAGGUACACUCCAUCGCCUCUCUUGGAUGCAGUAAAAGAAAACUGCUACGGGAAGCUAUCCAACCUCCUCUGAUAUACUAAACCCUUGGAUGUAAUAAUAGUAACAUGUAAUUGCAAUCCCCACACAGAUAGUCUAAAGCAAACCAAAAGUCACAGCUCAGCGAAUAGAUAAUGGCAUCUGUCUGCUGCAACUAUGCUCAGACAACCGCCUAUUCCCGGUGCAUCAACUUCGAGCAUGAGGAAGAAUAUCGUUCGUCGUGAUAAUCCUACAAUCGACUCGACGAUGGACUCAAAUAGACUACAUUAUUGUCAGUUAGCGUAAGAGAGGUUUGAUAGACUGCCGCUCAUUUCGGAGCGCACUUUACUAGAUUUAGACCAUAGGUGUCUUCGAAGUAUCGCUCGUAUAUUUUGGCACCAUCGGUCUAACAAUUUGCUGGUUAGACGCAUAAUACAAGGUUGGCAGAAAAAACCAACUAAUUAGUUAGUGAAUUGUUAUUAGCAAAACCAAAACAUGGUGCCAGUCCAUGAUGACACCGAACGUUGAACUGAGCCAUGUUAACAGUUGCAAAUUACUUGAAUGGGGUUUUUGUGAUUAUCGUAACUUACGAUGGAGACGGUACGAUAACUCGAUAUCGUAUCUUGGAUGCCCAGCCUGUUUUACUAUUGCGUUAUAUGCUCCUUACAUCGACAGACAUAAUUAAUAUGUAAUGCCACUCGAAAGUGAAAAAUAUGGCAGUAGAAGGGUAAGAAGAUCGAGUUGAAGAGAAUAGAAAGAGAAGUAUGGAGGGAUUGUGGACUAGAAGAAUCAUGCAGAAUGUGAAGGACAAAUGAUGGAAAUUCGCAAAUGAAGUAUUCAGCGUAAGGUCUUAAUAUUUUAGCAAGAUAUUCUGUAAUUUUGGUUGUUCUCCACUUGUAUUGUCGUUCAGAAAAUUACCACCAAAACUGCUUCUACAUCUAAUACUUUGAGGUUUGUCGUGCCAAUUUCAUCUUGCUGUGGUAAUACGGUGUGGCAAAUCGAAUUGCUGUAUACACGUAUCAGUUUUAACAUAAUGUUUAACUGACUAACGGUCAAAUGUUGCUUAGAUUACUGACGUAUUUUUCGAGAAAAUCUUUCCGAUCAACUAGAUAAGCGUCAAUGUGCCAAUCGAACUAGUUAGAUCUUUACAUUUCAAUUUGAAACAAUCAGAUGGAUGAGAAAAUUGAUAACUGACUUGUUAAAACCACCAUGUUCUCAUCUUGUGAAUGAAUAUAGCAUAUGACACCUUUAUUAAAAUAAAUAUGAUAGGCCAAUCGAAUUACACCUGAAAAUUUUCUAAUCAAUGUAGUACAUUUGACUGAAUAUUUUCUACGUAUUGGAUGGUAUUAUUUUCUGCAUAAAGUGAAGUGUAUAAAAAGUAAAAUAUGUACAAAAGAGAAUUUGUUGGUUACCAAAAUCACAAUUCUAUAAAUAUAAAAGAAUGCGCUCUGGUCGUGCAGCUUGGAUUGGAUUGAAUACAGCCUCAUAUAUAUGUGAAUUGGUAUUUUUGGGUUUGGCAAUUACAGUACAAAUAUCCACCGAUUGGGCUGUUUACGAUGUCACGUACAUUGGCCUUAUUGAUAAUUAUAACCAAUUAAGUCGCUCUCGUGGAUUAUGGAAGCAAUGUAUUACUAAUAAAAUAGUAAGUUCACCAUACAAUGGUCAAUGUUAUGCUCUGGAAACUAGUACAGAAUCUGGCAGCUACAAUGGUAAUGUUCAACCAAUAUUAUUUAUGAGAACAGCUAUAAAUUCAUUACAAAUCUCUGCAAUCAUUUUGGUUUUCAUCAUCAUCGUUAUAACGUGUGCCUUACUUCUUACGGCUUGUAUGAGACCACAUAAACUGAGAUUUCGAACAGCUCAAUAUACAGCUUUGGGUGGAGGCGCAGCAUUAUGGCUUACAGGUUUAAUUUAUUUCAUCAGUCUUCUAAUAUAUUACGAAGAUAUGACACAAGAAAGUUAUCGACUAGAUACUAAGCUAACGUCAACCAGAUCUGCAUGGAGAACGAUUGUCCGUGAUAAUACGGUAUAUUCUCAUGGUGGUAUGGUACCUAUGGCUUGGUCAGCUUGUUUACUUAUCUAUGCUGGUAGUAUUUUCCAGUUGAUGGCAAGUGUUUUUGAACAACCAAUAAAAGAAGAAACUGAAUAAUAUGUAGAGAACUACGAAGAGUAAUAAUUCGAGUUUGAAAUUGAAAACACUCCUUUAUAAUCCAAUUAGUUUCUUACUGCCAUUGGAUAUUAUUUCCACAUGUGCACAUGUGUAAACUGUGUUGCUUUCUAUCACUGAUUCCAAUUGUUUCCUUUUCGUAUAGUCAACAAUAAGUUGAUACUCUUUGAACUGUUAUGAUUUCGAAUGUAAUU